CUGCAUUAAAAAUAUUAUACGAAUAUCAAAUCAUACAAAGUCAAUAUGACUUUGUAUGAUUUGACAAUAACAUAUUUAUAAACAACCCAUUCUUCUCCUAUUUCAGAUUUGUCAAGUGCCAAGAGGAAGUUUGCAGAGUCUUUGAACGAGUUUAAAUUCCAGUGUAUCGGGGACGCGGAGACGGACGAUGAGAUCUGCAUCGCCAAGUCUCUGCAGGAGUUUGCAGGAGUCCUGCAGAACCUGGAAGAUGAGCGGACCCGUAUGAUUGAAAACGCCAACGAUGUGCUCAUCCUGCCCCUGGAACGGUUCCGGAAAGAGCAGAUCAGUGCUGCUAAGGAGGCCCGAAAGAAGUACGACAAGGAGACGGAGAAGUACUGUGCCGUGCUGGACAAGCACCUCAGCCUCUCCGCCAAGAAGAAGGAGUCUCAUCUGCAUGAGGCGGACAGCCAGGUGGACAGCGUGCGGCAGCACUUCUACGAGGUCUCCCUGGAGUACGUCUUCAAGGUGCAGGAGGUCCAGGAACGCAAGAUGUUUGACUUUGUGGAGCCGCUGUUGGCAUUCCUCCAAGGCCUCUUCACCUACUAUCACCAUGGUUACGAACUGGCCAAAGACUUCAACCACUUCAAGACAGAUCUGACCAUCAGCAUACAGAAUACGAGGAACCGCUUUGAGAGCACACGCUCGGAGGUGGAGAGCCUGAUGAGGAAGAUGAAGGAGAACCCCCACGAGCACAAGAGCAACAGCCAGCACAUCAUGGAGGGCUACCUCUUCAUCCAGGAGAAACGUCCCUUUGUGUCCUCCUGGGUCAAGUACUACUGUACGUACCAGAGAGAGCCCAAGAGGAUGACCACCGUCCUGUUUGACCAGAAGUCAGGAGGGAAAGUGGGAGAAGAGGAAAGCUUCAUUCUCAAGUCGUGUAUCAGGAGGAAGACGGAGUCAAUAGAGAAGAGGUUCUGCUUUGAUGUGGAGGCAAUGGACAGGCCUGGGGUGAUCACCAUGCAGGCCCUCUCAGAGGAGGACCGCCGGCUGUGGAUGGAGGCCAUGGAUGGCAGAGAGCCAGUAGGUUACCACGGUUACCAAGGACGUUCAAAGGUGUACAACCUGAACAGAGACCACCAAUCAGAAGGCGUGGCCCAGCUGGACGUGAUAGGCUUCAACGUGGUCAAGAAAUUCAUCUAUGCAUUGGAAACCAGAGGUAUAGACGAGCAGGGAUUGUACAGAAUUGUUGGAGUCAACUCAAGAGUACAGAAACUACUGGGCCUUGCUAUGGACCCCAAGACCUGUGCUGAUGUGGAGCUGGACGGCCAAGAGUGGGAGAUCAAGACCAUUACCAGUGCCAUCAAGUACUAUUUCAGAAUGCUCCCUGCUCCACUUACGACAUACCAGUACCAGAGAAACUUCAUCAAGGCUGCCAAGCUGGACAACCCAGAGGCCAGGGUGACUGAGAUCCACCAGAUCGUCCACCGGCUGCCAGAGAAGAACAGACAGAUGCUUGAGCUGCUCACCAAACAUCUGGCCAACGUGGCCAAUAACCAUCAGCAGAAUCUGAUGACCGUGGCCAAUCUGGGCGUGGUCUUCGGCCCCACGUUGCUCCGCCCACAGGAAGAGACGGUGGCGGCCAUCAUGGACAUCAAGUUCCAAAACAUUGUGGUGGAGAUCCUGAUAGAGAACCAUGAGAAGAUAUUCCGAGAGGUCCCGGCUGGUGUGUGUGGGUUGAUCAACCCCCAGCUCCAACUGUCCCGCCGGAGGAGCGCGGAGAACAAGGCCCCGUCCUGCAGCGAGCGGCCCCUCACGCUCUUCCACACACCCACACACUCGGUGAAAGGCGAGCAUCGGAACAGCGUGGGGAACAGUGUGGGGAACAGCGUGGGCUCGGACCUCCAGCAGCAGCGGGCGCCCUUGUCCUCCGCCUGUAACAGCAGCAGCGGGGGCAGCAGCGGCGGCAGCAGCCAGGGCCUGACCUCCAGACACAGCCUGACCAGCAACGACGGAGAGGCGGACCCAGCGCGCCACAGCAGGCCCAACUCCCUGUUGAACCCAAAGAGCACAGGCAGCAUCACUAGCAGCUCGGUCAGCGCGGCGUGUCCCAGCCCGCCCUCCCCUCGCUCCCCCUCAUGGCCGAUGUUCUCCGCCCCCUCCAGCCCCCAGCCCACCUCGCCCGCCUCCAGCGACUCCAUCCCCGCCAGUGUGGCCGGCAGGAGGGCUCGUGCGCUGUACGCCUGUAAGGCUGAACACAACUCAGAGCUGUCCUUCAUCGCGGGGACCAUCUUUGAGAACGUGCGUCCAUCCCGGGAGCCUGGCUGGCUAGAGGGCACCCUGGAUGGCAGGGCGGGUCUGAUACCAGAGAACUAUUUGGAGUUUGUAUGACCCAGGUUCCCACUGGACUGGGAUCUUGGGUUUGGGGGUGGCGCUGGACUGGGGUCUUGGCUUGUUCCCGGACGUAUCAAUACCCAACUGAAAGAAGAGUGAUUUGACUGCAAAAGAUACAUGAACUAGAAACGCCUGGAGGACCAGGUCUAUCCAACAGCUGUUCAGACAGACAGACAGAUGGAUAAAUGGGAGGAGAGCAAAUCCUUGCAAGCUAGAGGAGACCACAAAGAGGGGACAGCAGACCACUUGAAGUUGCACUGGAAGAAAACGAGAUGAGACCAGCCCACACACACACACACCUUUUAUAAAAUGCACUGCCACCUUUUAACAUAUCUCUGCAUUCUCAGUCGGAAGUAUUUCCCUUGAUGUAUUAAAGCGAGCGAUUAGGUCGAACUCCAAAUGACUGAACAAUUCAAAAACAAUAAGGAACACAGAAUGCUUAGAAAUCUGGAUUCUUCAAACUUUUGUUGUUUUCCAACAAUUUUCACUCGGCAUGAGAAGGAGUGUUUUUUUUUUAACUUUGGCUGAUAGUUUCUAGUGUGUGUGUGUGUGUGUGUGUGUGUGUGUGUGUGUGUGUGUGUGUGUGUGUGUGUGUGUGUGUGUGUGUGUGUGUGUGUGUGUUUUAAGCACUUGCCCUGCUAGAGGAACUGAGAACCCUGGCUCAACCCAAAGUAAUUUAUUGUUGGUUGGAGCUGACCUGCUUUGAGGCUCCCAUGAAAAAAAAAAAAAAAAUUAUUUCCUCUCAUUACUGAAAUAACUUCUCCGUGCAUUGGUUAUUGGUCGUAAUUUUAUAUGAGAGAAGACACCAUUUUAAAUGUGAAACUAGACUACUUUGUUCCUACAUGUUAUUUAUGAGUUUUUCAAAUGCACAAUCCUGGACUCAAUGCUAUUUUAAAUUUUAUAUUUUCUUUAUUUCUUACAUUUUCUCUGGGAGGGGGUUAUUAUUGAAAUUGUAAAUACAGUUUUGGUAGGGUGCUUUUUUUUAAAGAAAUUUAUAUUUGGAUUUUUUUUGAGCCUACUAACUUAAUACCUUAGCAUGUCAGUUGUUUCCUCAACCUUAAAUCUAUGUUAAGAUGACAAUGAAAAACAAUGAAAUAAAAUUCAACUUCUCCAUAUGG